AUGAACUCGUUUGAUUAUAACCCAACGGAUCAUUUGAAUCAGAUAUUGGAGAAGUCUGGAUCUAUUGAAGAAAUACCAGAGCUUUUAGCCUAUUUAAAUGCAUACAAGUUUCAAUUAAAUAAACAAAUACAACAUGAUGUAACUCAAUACAACUCUCCAAUAGCAUUAAAUGAAGACACAAAAGAAUUAAUAGAUAAUAUAAAGAAGAUUAAGGCCAAGUCAGCGGAAACGCAAGGCUCGAUUGUUUCAAUGACGUCCUCAAUACAAGAAUUGGACAAAUGUAAGAAGAAUUUAGUUCUACUGAUGACCAUUUUGAAAAGGUUGCAGAUGUUAAUAGAUGCCAACAAGACAUUGAAUUCUAUAAUUUCUAGUAAGCAUUAUAAGGAUAUUUUGCAAUUGCUUAGUGUUGUUAAGGAAUUAUUAACUUAUUUCAAGCCGUAUAGAUCAAUUGAUGAAAUUAACCAGUUGAAUUUGAAUAUUCUGAAAACGCAAAACAAAUUGGUAGAUGAUAUUUUCAUUGAUUUUGAAGAUACUAUAGUAAAUAAAUUGGACAAUGAUCAAUUAUUUCAUGGUUGUGAGAUCUUGGAAUUGAUCGAUUCUAAGUACAAGGAUAAAUUACUCAACUGGUUCUAUAACUUACAGCUCAAAGAUAUUAAGUCUAUAUUCAACAACUUCGAUGAAGCAGGAUCUUUGGAAAACAUUAACAGAAGAUAUAUGUACUUCAAUAAUACAUUGGCAAACAUUCAUCUGAAUUACAUGGAUAUGUUUCCUAAAGAUUGGUGUAUUGAUCUAGAAUUAAGCAAAAUCUUUUGCACUAUCACCAAACAAGAUUUAACGUCACAAUUGAAUAACUCCAUACCUUCAAAUAAUCUCCUUGAUGCAUUGACUAAAACUUUAGAUUUUGAGAAAAACUUAAAUAAUAUCUUUAAGACACAAGAGUUUAAUCAAAUCAUACUGAAGGUUUUCGAACCAUAUUUGUCUAUUUGGAUCAACGAACAGGAUAAAUUGUUACAUUCUAAGUUUUUAGAAUUCUACUCAGUUAGUCAAAUACCUACUGAAUAUUCUAAUGUACAAAGUCAUGAAGAUUUUAUUAAUGUUUUAAAAAUUAAUAACGUUCCAAACAUAUCCAACUCAUCUAUUGAAUUAUUCAAGACAUUUCAGAAAAUUUUGUCAUUGAUCAUAAAAUUAAGCUCUGGUUCAAUUUUAAUUGAUUUAUCAAAAUUAUUUGUGAAAUAUUUAAACGAAUUUAACAACAAAAUUCUUCUUCCAAUGAUACCAAAUAAUAACGAAAACCUCAAUGGUAUUGAGCCUAUUAAAUAUCUCACUAUGAUUUUGAAUACAGGGGAUUAUAUUUUGAAUAAUAUAAAUGAUCUUCAAGAUAGAUUCAUUAAUCUAAUCGAUGAACCCUUUAAACCGAAAAUUUCUUUCGAAACAAUUAAAGAUGUUUUCAUUGAAUUAAUUAAUAAAUCAAUUCAGACAUUAUUGCUUAAAAUAUCCAAUGAUUUGCAAUUUUCAUGGAGACAAUUCACUAACAAUAACUGGAAUAAUAUGGAGCAAACUGUUGAAAUUUCCAACUACAUGAUUGACUAUAAGCAAAGUUUAAUAAAUAACUGCACUUUGAUAUUACCUUUAAUUAUAAGAGAGGGAUAUAUAAGAAAUUUUUGUGACAAACUAACCGAAUUGAUUACUUAUUCAUAUUUGAACAAUUUGAAGUUAGUUACACCAUUAAGCAUUAUUAAUGUUGAGCAGAUCAUGUCUGAUAUACAAAAUUUGAAAAAGCUUAUGCUUGAUUUACCAUUAUAUUCGAAUCCAAGUUUUGAUGCAUCUAACAAGGAAGAGCAUUCAAAUAUUAAUUUAAAGACGUAUACUAAGCAUGUUGAAAUUCAAUUUAAUAAGCUUGAUACUGUUUUGAAAUUGCUUUUAACUCCAACACUCCCUAUUGAUAAUUUAAUCAUGAACUAUUUUCAAAUUAUCGGCGACAAAUCAACUUCUAAUUUCGUCAAGUUUUUGAAACUUAAAAGUAUUGACCCUGCCCAGAGGUUUAAGUACGUUGAAAUAUUCAAUCUACAGAUAUCAUAUCAGAAUACUUUAAUGGAGGAGUCCCCUAUAUUGGGCGUUAUACAGGAUGAUACACCAAGUGUAAAUAGUAACAAUUCGACACCUACUCCUACAAUGAAGUCCCCUGAGCCUGAGGCUAAAUCUCCCAAAUUAUUGAAUGCAAACUUUCAGAAUAAUUUGAAAAUUAAUAACUUUGAGAAAAAUUUACGUGAUUUUGCGUUAACAGGAGAGACGCAUGUUAAUAAAUUCAAGAACUUUGGGAAGUUUUUCAGGAAAGAUAAUAGUAAUAGUAAUGAAUAA